AGACUCAGUGUCGGUGCUGCGCGGCGCGCGGAGGCAGGACGGCUCCGGUUCCUUUGUUGUUCUGAAUUUAGAGUUUAAUAAAGAAGCGGAUCCGGAUCAGCAGCAAAUUUACAUUAUUAUCAUAAUCAGAGGCAGCGCUGCGUUAUUAUUAAUACACUGAGAGACUGCGGAGAGGAUGAGCGGCGGAGUUUAUGGAGGAGAUGAAGUGGGAGCGCUGGUGUUUGAUAUCGGAUCAUACUCAGUGAGGGCCGGAUAUGCCGGAGAGGACUGUCCCAAGGCUGAUUUCCCGACUGUGAUUGGGGUGACACUGGACCGGGAGGAUGGCAGCACUCCGAUGGAGACAGAUGGGGAGAAGGGGAAGCAGAGCGGGACGACGUACUUCAUCGAUACCAACCAGCUCAGAGUUCCACGGGAAAAUAUGGAGGUCAUGUCUCCACUCAAAAACGGCAUGAUUGAGGACUGGGACAGCUUUCAGGCCAUCCUGGACCACACCUACAAAAUGCACUUCAAAUCAGAACCCAGCCUGCACCCCGUCCUCAUGUCAGAGGCUUCGUGGAACACUCGGGCAAAGAGAGAGAAGCUGACGGAGCUCAUGUUUGAACAUUACAACAUUCCUGCUUUCUUUCUGUGUAAAACGGCCGUGCUCUCCGCGUUUGCUAACGGACGCUCCACUGGCUUAGUAUUAGAUAGCGGUGCCACACACACAACUGCCAUUCCAGUGCACGACGGCUAUGUUCUGCAGCAGGGUAUUGUUAAGUCUCCUCUCGCAGGUGAUUUUAUGAGCAUGCAGUGUCGGGAGCUGUUCCAGGAGUUAAGCGUUGAAAUUGUUCCUCCGUAUAUGAUCGCAUCAAAGGAUUCGGUACGGGAGGGGUCGCAGGCAAGCUGGAAGAAGAAAGAGAAACUACCUCAGGUCACGCGAUCGUGGCAUAACUACAUGUGUAAUACGGUGAUUCAGGAUUUCCAGGCCUCUGUGCUGCAGGUCUCGGAUUCUCCUUACGAUGAACAGGUAGCUGCUCAGAUGCCCACAGUUCAUUAUGAGCUGCCGAAUGGGUAUAACUGUGAUUUUGGAGCUGAAAGACUGAAGAUCCCUGAGGGUCUUUUUGACCCUUCAAAUGCAAAGGGUCUGUCAGGGAACACCAUGCUAGGAGUCGGACACGUCGUGACCACCAGUGUCGGCAUGUGUGAUAUUGAUAUCCGACCAGGUCUGUAUGGCAGUGUGAUCGUAACGGGAGGGAACACUCUGAUCCAGGGAUUUACGGACCGUCUAAACCGAGAGCUCUCACAGAAAACCCCGCCGAGCAUGCGUCUGAAGCUAAUCGCUAACAACACAACAGUAGAACGGAGGUUCAGUGCCUGGAUCGGAGGAUCUAUCCUGGCGUCUCUGGGGACGUUCCAGCAGAUGUGGAUUUCGAAGCAGGAGUAUGAGGAGGGAGGGAAGCAGUGUGUGGAUCGGAAAUGUCCUUGACCACUCCACUCCACUCCAUCGACUAAUGACCUUCUGACCUUUCCGAAACAAAAACCAACAAAAAAAGAAAAACCCUGACAGUAAACUCUUCCUUAGAGAUCUUCUCAGGAACUAAUGCGGACUCUCACUUUCACUCUAAGAAAUCAAUCUCCUGCUUUAUUAAACCUCCUGUUUUAUAACUGUAAUAAACGCCACGGCCCCAUUUUUCUACUCUCAGUAUUUACAGAUCACGCUCAGCACUCCGGGACACGGUUCUCACCGCUCGGCUUUUAGAUAAGUGUUGAAAGUUUUAGUACAGACGCAGAUCCAGACAGUUCCAGAUACCCUGAAGCAAUACCUGCUGUUAUAACAGAGUUCAUCACAAACUCAUUCUCUUUAUGCUUUUAAUUAUUGAUCGGCUGUUUUGAAAAUAAAGAUUUUUGUUACUA